AUGAAAGGAGGAGAAGCAACAGGAGUAGAAGAAGCAGGAGGAGAACCAGUUGGAGAAGCGGCGCCAGCACCUGCGUUAGAACCAGCGUUAGCAGGAGCAGCUGGGGAGAGACGUCGUAAGGGGAAGGGAGGAUGUCAAGUGAAAAAAGUGACGUUCCGAGAUCCCCUCGUAGUAGGGGAAAUUAGAGAAAAUGAGAAGCACGAAUUUAAUGAAACAUUUUGUGGCGAAGAAGAAUAUACAAAGGAUUUGGAUGAGGGGGAACUGUCAGUGCUGAUGAGAAGUUUCAACCCUCUCGAUUUUGGCAUUAAAGAAAAGUUAAGUGAAAGUGAAAAAAAAAUACUCAUUAGAGAAAUUUUCGGUGGAAAAAAUAAUAAUUUUGCCCCUCCAUCGUGCGUUACAAAGACAAACAAAGAAAAAAAAUGUAUUAUCAUUUUGGAAGAUGUACAAUUGAAAGAUCCUAAGGAAUCACAUGAUGAUGAAAUGGAUAGAAGUAUUAAGAAACAAGGGGAAAAUAAAUAUGAUAAUCAUGUAAAGGAUAUAAAAAAUGAUAGUAUAAAAAAACCAAAGAGGAAAAAAAAAAAAAAGAAUAAUAAAAAAGAGACAAAAAAAAAUGGAAAAAGGGAAAAGGGGGAUGAUGAUCCUUUGGCUUAUCUGGAUGGAGAUUGUUAUUUCCCGAAUGAUGGAUAUGACUAUGAACAACAUUUAAAAACGAUAAGUCAGAAUUUUGUGGAGAUAAAACCUAAUAGUGAAAAUAAAUUUUUUGAGGUUAAACCGACAAGUGAAGAAGAAAGAGAGUUAUUUAAAACUUUCGAUUCUGAGAAUUAUGAAGAAUUAAAUGAUAAUUUUGUUUUUGAAGCACAGGAUGUGAGUACCAUUGACAACUUGGAUGUGUCAGAGGAAAUUAUUUGGGGCGAUUCCAACUCAUUUUUACCAUUUAGUGGUAUCAGAAGUGAUGUCAAUACUGGUCAUAUGAUUAUUAAUUCGGAGCAUUUAACGGAACUCGGAGAGAUUGAGGAUGGAGAUAUGUCCACAGGUGCGUCUAUCAGUGUGGAAGGAACAGACGAAGGAGCAGACGAAGGAGCUACGUUGUCUCAAUCGAACAGAAAAUACAGCGACAGGUGCGACCCCCAUAAUGCAGUAGAGAAGAUAAAUGGACGUGUUAUCUUUGACGAAGGGGCAAAUUUGAGAAAUCACACAUCUGAGAACAUAAACCUAGAUGUAUUAAAAAAAGGGGAUAAUGAUUUGAAUGCACUUAAACUUAGCGACCUUGUCGAACUGGAGAUGGAAAAAGUAAAGAGCAGAAAUCUGAAUGAAAUAAAAAACCUGGUUACAAAGAAGAAACGCAAAAAGAAACAACAAAAUUGUAGGGGAAAUGAUACAAAUAAUGUAUUUGUCAAUGUGCAUCCAGAGGAUAAGAACAAAAUACUGCAAAUUUUGAAUUUACAGAAAGAGGAAGAAAAUGAAAUGCAUUGCAUAAACUCCUUUUCAGGUGAUCCUGGGGAACUUUCCUCCAUUGCAUCCACAGCAUCAUCGUUUUCAUACGAUUGUGAAACAAUUCUAACAACAAAGACUAAUACGACAAAUCAUCCCUACAAGUUAAUUAUACCAAAGAAAAUUACUACUUCCUCUUGUCCACCAAAGAUGAAUAACAUCCUCAGCAGUACCAACACAUGCAAGAGAAAGGAGAAUGAGAAAAAUGCUGAAUCGAUUAAGUUGGAGAAUUACUUAGUUCUUGAAAAGAUAAAUGUUACCCGUGCGAAAAAUGAAACUCCAGAAGAAAAGAGGGAUCGAAAAAAAUCCGUUAAAGAAGCGCAAAGACUGAACAGGAAAUUGAAAAAGGAAAAUUUGCUUCUCAUGAAGAACGAGAAGAAAAUGAUGAACAAGAAAAUGAAUCCCUUUGACAUAAGAGAUAACGUGAAAUACAUCAAAUUGUGA